AUGGCCAAAAGAGAUCGUAAUUCGUUAAGCUAUAUCAAAUGCACACCCUCAUAUUUUGAUCUUGUAGACCGCAAUUCAGGGUUCUAUAAGAGUGACAUGAGAGGAUUUUACAUAAUGUUUACCCUCAUAAGCUCAGGGUACAUAGCGAUUACUGCUUAUGUGAAGUUCGUGACAAAAGGAAUUCUAUUUGAAGAUUCUUACUUACAAAAGAUGCUCCAAGAUUUCUUUGUCGUUUCUUUGAUUUGGCCUGGAAUUUUUUGCUAUUCAUGGCUUGCUUAUUUUUUACAACUUUUAAUUAUAAAAGGAUUCCCGUUAAAAGUAGCUAACAUACUACAGCAUUUUUCUCAGUCAUUGAUGUUUAUAGCAGCAAGUCAUUUAACACUAGCAAGGAAUUGGGGCUUAACCCAAACUAGUUUUGCAACUAUGCUUGCUUUGGUCCAUUUUAUGAAAAUGCAUUCUUAUACCAUGGUAAACCGCGAUUUAAGAGAGCUCGCUCUAGAAAACCCUGGAAAAUCAGAAUAUCCUCAAAAUGUUAAUGCGAAAAAUUUUUUAAUUUUUAUGGUGACUCCUGCUUUAGUGUAUCAAACAAGCUAUCCCAAAAUCCCUAAAUUCAGGCUGUCAUAUUUUUUACAAAAAUUAGUUUUAUUAAUUGUCCAACUGGACAUGGAGUACAUAAUUGCUAGCGACCACAUUUUACCAAUUAUCAACAUGUCUAAUGUUUUACCUUUAACUGAGGUAUUCAGCCGUCUUGUAAUCCCUUGUCUUAUUUUUUACAUAAUGAUAUUUCUCAUAAUUUUCGAACAAAUUUUAAACCUCUUCGCUGAAAUGUCCCUAUUUGGCGAUAGAGAAUUUUACUCAGACUGGUGAAAUUCAACUACUUUUGAAGAAUUCAACAGAAAAUGAAAUAGGACCGUACAUUUAUUCCUGCACAAGCACGUUUAUUUGGAGUGUUUACAGCGAUAUCAGCUUUCUGAAAACACUAGCAAGUUUAUUACCUUCUUUUUCUCAGCAUGUUGUCAUGAAAUGGUUGGUAGAAGACUGCCCACUCAAUACUGGAGCAUCAAGGCAAGGAGGAGACACUGCUGGUCCUGGUGAUAGGAACGGUCGUAAAGCGGUUGAGUCUCUUAUGAGACCCUCAGUGAUUACAUAAAAAUUAAGGCAUAUACCAAUCUAUUAAUUAAGGUUAAGGUCAUGAAAUGGUUUUAGCUCUGAUCUGUAGAGAUAUUAAACCAUAUUUGAUGCUUUUAAUGAUCUUUCAAAUACCUGUCAUGCUUUUCCAGAAGUAUUUGAAUAGGACCUUAUUCGGUUUGUACUUUGUAUGGGGAUCAAUGAUGGUAGGGCUGCCUCUGCUGUUGUCUUUAUACUCGAAAGGAUUAUAA